GACCAGAGCCAUGGACCGGACCAAGGCCUUCACCUGGUUCCUGCUCAGCCUCUGCGCGGCUCCUCUGUGGGCCAGACCCUCCGAGUACCAGUUGGAGGACACUCUGAGUCCCUGUGAGAGACUGAGAGAGUCCGGUUCUAGACCUGGACUUCAGUGCACCGUGGACAGACACUUCAGCCCGGUGCAGUGUGCCGAGGGGCAGUGUUGGUGUGUGGACACCGAGGGACAUGAGCUGAACGGAACUCGAACCAGCAACUCUGCUCCUCACUGUGGGACUCCAUGUCAACGGCAGUCGUCUCUGCGCUGCUCAUCUUCGGGACACUAUGAGACAGUGCAGUGUGACUCCAGCAGGAGGCAGUGCUGGUGCGUGGACAGAGACGGGAUGGAAAUCUAUGGAACGAGACAAAGGGGACGUCCCCAAACAUGUCCCGGUCCCUGUCUCGUCCUCUCUCGUGGGCUCCUGCACACCUCAUCUCCUCGUUCGUCUCCUCAGUGCUCAGAGGACGGAGAGUUUCUGCCCGUUCAAUGUAAAUUAAUCAACUCCACCAACGGAAAAGAAAUGGACCUGACCUACGCCUUCAACAGAUUCCCUGAAGCAUUCCAGAGCUUCUCGAGUUUCAGGAGUUUUUUUCCAGAUGUUUCCUCGUUUUGUUUCUGCUCCGACAAAAGAGGACGAGAGCUCCAGGACACAGGUCUAGAGCUGGCUCUGGACCAGAUCUAUGACUCGGCCUUCACUGGACUCAGGUCUGGACGGUCUUUCUCUGAGUCCAACAUCUACAGAGUCCUGAAGAGGAGACUUCUGGGAGUCCGACUCGCCCUGACCGGGAAAUUUAGAUGCCCCUCCCCCUGUGAGUCUCAGGCCGGUGCUUCUUGUGAACCUGACGGCUCCUUCACUCCCACCCAGUGUCAACAAGGGGCACUGUGCUGGUGUGUGGACUCUGACGGCAGAGAGAUCCCCGGGACCCGGACUCAUCCGGACUCUGUCCGCUGUGGUUCUGGAUCUUCGUGUGUCUCCCAGCGGCGCUCUGCUCUCCUCAGACUCUUCUCGCCCUCCUCUGGUCUCCCUCUUUCCGGUCCUCCUCUCUCCUCUCCUCCUCUCUUCUGCUCCUCUCUCCUCAGGACCCUCUCAGACCUGGUCCAAGUCGAGACCAACCCUCAGACCCUACUGAGUCCUCUGGUCCAGAUCUUGGAUGGUCUCGUCCCAUCUGUAGACUCGGCUCUGAAGGCCUUAGCUCGCUCUUCUCCUCAGCGUUUCCUGGAGAACCUUUUUGGAGGAAAAUUUUUAAAGAUGGCAGUGGAGGGGGCCUUCGUGGGGUCUUUGAGGAAUAAAGGACAGGGUCUAGACCGGGUUAGGUCUGAGUCCAAACUCCAGAGCAUCAGGACUCACAGAGACCUGGUUCUGGUCUUGGUUCGGGUCCUGGAGGAUCCUGGGUUUCUGUCGUUGCUGAAGAACUCUCUGAACGAGCUGGACCCAAAACAGACUGUCCAAAAGGCCCUCUCUCCCCUCUUCCUCUCCUGCUCCUCCUCCUCAUCUCAGGUUGGCUCCUCCCUCUUCAUCCCUCGCUGCACCUCCUCCGGUAGCUUUGGUCCAGUGCAAUGUGAGGAAGAGGAGUGCUGGUGCGUGGAGCCCAACGGUUCAGAGAUUGAGGGCAGUCGGGUCAGAGGUCGUCCCCGAUGCCCCUCCCUCUGUGAGCGUCAGAGGAGCACUGCCCUCAGGCUACAGGGGGCGCUCUCGGCCGGAGCAGAACUCUAUAUCCCAGCAUGCUCAGGGGACGGCAACUUCCUGUCUCUGCAGUGCGUCGGUGAAAAGUGUUUCUGUGUGAAUGAAGAGGGAGAUGCCACGGAGGAGACCGCCCCCCACUGUGCUCAAAGAGCUGUAGGACAGAGCCGGGCCUCAGGCUCAUGCUCUGAGGCUUUGGCUGAAGUCUCGGCCUUCAAACAGGAAGUGAUGUCACUAGUGGCACUCUCUAACUCCUCCCACUUUCCCCUGGGCCUUGGCCUCCUAUUGGCCAAAGGGUUUCGCUUCACUACCGAGAUCGGCCAGUCAGAGCCUCCGCAGCUGGAGCUGCUGAGUGACAACAACAAUGCAGCGCUGCGAUUGGCCGCUGUGUCAGUGUAUCAGCAGCUGGUGGAGCCGGAGAGACAGAGCUUUCAGGCUUUCAGUCCUCAGUGCGACUCCAAUGGAGACUGGCUCCCCACCCAGUGUGACCUCAACUCAGGUGUGUGUUGGUGUGCACAUGAAGAUGGCAGUGUUGUGGCUGGAUCUCUGACCAAUCGCAGAGCUCCAAAGUGUGAGAGCAGGUGUGAGAUUGCACGUGCCCAGACAUUGCUCUCUGAUUGGCUGAGAGCUCCUGCACGGUGUGAACAGGCACAGACGGUUGGCUCUCUUCAGUGUGAAUCUGAGUAUGGCUGUGAGAGUCCUCUUUGCCCCAUCCCGGACAUUUCCCAUGGUUCUUUGCAGUGCAGCCCGGCCACUGAUGGUUUCCAACGCUGUGAGCUCGUCUGUUCCCAUGGUUACCACAACGCACUUCCUGUCAGCCGCUUCCAGUGUGAGGUCCAGACCAAGUCUUGGACUGAGAUCAGACCAGGACCCCAGGCCUGUCAGAUCCUUCAGCCUCUUCAGACCUGGUCCUGGGCUCAGACUUGGUCUUGGGUCCAGUCUUGCUCUGAGGUGGAUGUGGAGUCGGUGCUGUUGAAUGCUGUCUCCAGCCGGGGGCUCUGUUCUGCUCAGGCUCCAGUCUCCGGUCGGUCUCUGUCUCUCUGUGAUGGGUCUACAGUUGGACUUCGGUGUCAAGAGGACUCUGUAACCCUGGACCUGACCUGGACCCUGCACCUGUCAGAACUCAGACCCGAGGACCUUCCGGACCUACACACCCCAGGAGACCAGUACUCAUCUACAUCUAAGUCCAAGUACUCCGUUGGCUCUACAAGUCCGAAGAGGGCAGAGUCAGGUGUGUUCCUGAACCGGACUUACUUCGUGGAGGGCGUGCAGGGCAUUCUGGGAAACCUGAUGAUGUCACAGAUGAUGUCAGAGCUGCAGCUGGUCACCGUGACGACGCCAGAGUUCGGUUGUGGGACUGGCUUUGGUGUCGGAGGAGAAAGAGAUGCCUGUUUCUUGUGUCCUCCUGGGACAUUCUCGUCUUCGGGGGCGUGUCUCUUUUGUCCAUCUGGAACCUAUCAGGACCAAGAGGGUCGGGACUCCUGCAUCAUAUGUCCCCGAGGCUCCUCUGGGAUUGGAGCAUCAUCUGUCCAUCAGUGUGAGUCGGAGUGCCAGCGGCGCAGGGGGCGGUGCUCAGAGUCAGGUGACUUCCUGCCGGCUCAGCUUAACUUCCUAUCUGGGAUCUGGGGAUGUGUCAAUAAAGAGGGCGUGUGGCUUCAGUGGACCAAUAGGGAGGCACCUCUGACUGACAAGGAGUGCACAGCUCUUAGUAACUUCCAGCUCCUCUCAGACUCCGAGGUUCAGUUUGGAUCAGACGAGGCUCAAAUCCUCAGGACUGUGUCUGCGGACCGGACCAGCUGCCUAAAAGAGUGUGCACUGGACUCGUCCUGUCACCAUGUGGCGCUGUUUAGUGGACAGUGUGAGAUGUACAGUACAAGCCCCGAGAACACAGAGUGCACCCAUGCCCCCCAGACCAAAGGGUUUCUGGGUAAUUCUGAGGCGGAGCAUUUUGAUUGGCUGCGCUGCUCUGUGAAGGUGAGGGGCGGAGCUUCAAGUCAACAGGUGUUCAGAAAGACAGGAGACCGGUACACAUCCAGGUCCAAGUCCGAGUACUCAACUUCCAACCUGGUGACCUUGAAGAGGGCGGAGUCGGGCGUGUACCGGACCCAGGUGUUUUCAGCCAAUCAGAGCACUCAAGCCGACGUGCAGCGCUUCUGUCUGAGCGCAUGCAGAAGAGACCCCUGCUGUGAAGGCUACGUACUGAACAUAAACCGGAUCAACUCAGGGUCCAUUAUGUGUGGGUAUCUUAGGACUCCCUCAGUGCUCAUGUGUUCAGAGCAGGACUGGGAUGUGACUGGUCAAGGAGCCGCCAAUCGGGAUUGUGGGGCGGGGCUUAAGUACAACGAGAGACGAGGCAACUUCUUGUUUGACAUCGGCGGUCAGAGGUUCACUUUCAGUGCCUCUGACGCCCCUCUGACCAAACAGGAGAAAGGGUACCAGGCCUCACUGGUGACUUUCAGCACUGUGCACCUCGAGACAGAGCCAAAGCCAGACGCUGUGGGAUCCUGCCCUAAUCUUCAGUCCAGGCCUGGAUCUAGUCUAGAGUCUGGUCUUGAGUCAGGUCCUCCUGUUGACUCCUCGGUGCUGGACUCAUUCCAGCCUCUCUCUGUGGAGCAGGUGGAGGUGAAGCCUCAGAGGAAACAGCCCAGUCUGAUGUUCUGGUUCAACAAGAAGAACUACGACUCCCAGCAUGCCCUACUCUCCUGCUUGCAGCGCUGCAAUUUGGAGAAACUGUGCGCGGUGGCGGACAUUUUGGAUCUGCAUGCAGAGUUCUUCUUCUGUGAGUUGUUCCCGGACACUGGAGUCUGCGGCACCUACAACGAGCCUGUGCGCCAACAGUGUCGCCCCCUACUGCCCCGCACACCCAACAACACCUACAUCAAGACUGUGGACUUGUCUGGACCAGUGAAGAGCUUCUAUCAGAGAGUCCAGUUUAGGAAGAUGGUCUCGUACUCAGUUCGGUCCAGGAUCCCGGUCCCAGAAUCCACUCCUCUGUCUCAGGGGUUCCGGGAGUGUGAGCGCCGCUGUGACGAGGACCACUGCUGCAGAGGCUUUGGUCUGAUCCAAGACCCCAAAUCCGGAUCUGAACCUGGGUCUGGACCUGGACUGGUCUGUCUGUCCCUUAUCAGCCUUGGAGUCCAAACAUGUUCCGAAUACCAGACCAGCUGGACCACCCAGGACUGCAGUCCCUCGGAACUCAGGACGUCCCCGGAGCCUCUGGGUUGGUACAUGAAGCCUGUGCAUCAGUGGAGUUCUAGCCCUGGUCUUUGUCCAGACUUCAGCCUGCCUCAGACCAGCACCAGUCUUGCCCGGGAUCUUUGGAGUCCAGUCUCUGGCCCUGCCCACCUGCUCGUAGACCCUGCCCUUUCCACCUAUGACAUCAUCCACCUAAGCCGUGACAUAAGCGCAGACCAUGAGAAGACGCUGGACUGGUGCCUCCAUGCUUGUCAGCAGUCUGAGUCCUGUUUCUCAGUCUCAAUCUCAGUCUUGGACUCUGGUGCUCGCUGUCUGCUGUAUCCGGACACUAGGGUCUGUGGCCCCACCUCAUCCUGUCAGCUGACCAUCCGAGAGCCCGCCCCCCAGGUAUACGUGCGCACAGAUCGUCGGGUCCAGAGCGAGACCUUGGACCUUCCCGGAUCUCGGACUCUUCGGGGCCGGACCGUGGACGUGGUCGUGGACUCGGCCCUGACUAGAUCCGUGGUGCAGUUCCUGGGCAUUCCCUUUGCCCGUCCUCCAAUUGGAUCACUGCGUUUUGGCCCUGCCCUGCCCCCUGAUUGGACGGGAACUCUAGAGGCUGUGGAGCCCCGCUCCCCCUGCGUGGAGCCGGGUCAGAGAGAGAGCGGGGUGAGCGAGGACUGUCUGUACCUGAACGUGUUUACGCCACGUCUCCAGAGGGGAGCACUACCUGUGCUUGUGUUCUUCUACAAUGCUCCCUCAGGCUUCUUGGAUGCUUCCCUCCUGGCUGCUCAGGGGGACAUGGUGGUGGUCAUGGCCCCGUAUCGAAGCUCGGUUCUGGGCUUCGGACUCUCGGACGCCGGGCUCUCGGACCAGGAGGCGGUGCUCCAGUGGGUCUCCGCCCACAUUCACCUGGUGGGCGGAGAUAAAGACAGAGUGACAGCGGGGGCGGAGCGUCAGGGAGCGGACAUCCUCAGUGUGCACCUGAGCUCACCUGAACAACCAUUGUUCAAAAGACUCAUACUCAUGGGGGGCUCGGUCUUCUCUCCAGGCCUUCUUCGGUCCGAGUCUGAGUCUCGACGCUUGACCUUUGACCUGGCACGAGACUUGGGUUGUGACAUCAACGGUGACAUUACAGAUGUUGGUCAUGUGACACGCUUCCUUCAGGAAGUGGACCUUCAGAGACUGAACGAGGCUCAGACCAGGAUCCUGGCCCAGACUGGACCCCUGAGAGCCUGGGGUCCAGUCCUGAAACUGGACCAGGUUCUGGAUCGACGUCUGCACCAGGUCGACCUCCUCCUGGGAACCUCUGAGCAUGAUGGACUCAUCAGCAGAGCCAGAAAUAUCAAGAGGUUUGAGGAGCUGUCGGGACGAGCAGAUUCUAAGACGGUCUUCUACGAGGCUCUGGUCCAGUCCCUGGGGCUGGACCCGGAUCGUAACCAGACUAAAGGUCCAAACGGGGACCUGCUGAAGGAGGCCGCAUCCUGGCUCUAUUCCCUGGACCACAGCCCCACCCCCUCUGCAUAUAACCUGUUCUCCAGAGCGCUCAACAAUGCAACUAGAGACCUGUUUGUGGUGUGUCCGUCUCAGAAGAUGGCUCAGGUUUGGGCUCAGACUGAAGCUAAAGUUUACCUGUACCACCAGCCGGCCACACCCACCAGGGCUGAUGUGCGCAUUCCCCUUGAUGUGCAGUUCCUGUUUGGGGAGCCUCUUCGCUCAAUCAGCUCUCAACGUUUCUCGACCUCAGAGAGAAAAGUGUCUGAGGCUCUGAUGUCCUAUAUGUCCAGCUUCAUCCACCAAGGAAACCCAAACCCGUCCCUCGUUCGCCCUGAGUCCAUCCUGCCACGCUGGGGGCAUGUCUUUCCUUCUGAGGCCACACCCACUUACUUAGAGCUAAGCCCUGCCCUCAGAUCCCUGCAGGGACUCAGAGCCAAAGAGUGCUCCUUCUGGAACCAACUAGCCCCAAAAUUGAGAGGUAAACUGAAGGUGGAGCCAGUGCCCAUUGCCCCUCCCUGCUCGUCUGUGGGCCAAUCGCAGCCUGAGAAGGACGGCUACAGUUAAGCCCCGCCCCUUGUCACCAUUCACAAAAUCAUCUUUUUCUUCAAUAAAAGCAUCUAAAU